CUUAACAAGAUUACUGAAAAAAAUACUGCAUCUGGUCAAUAUGUAUCAUGCUCCAAUGGCUCUCAUUUCCUUGAAAAUGAGUUGCUGUCAACAGGGGAUCUCACCCUACCACUCCAGCUAUAUAUUGAUGAUCUUGAAAUUUGCAAUCCGCUUGGCACAUCGCGCAAAAUUCACAAAUUUUGCGCUGUAUAUUGGGUCCUCGCUAAUGUGCCACCAAAACACAGGUCAGCAUUACAUGCUAUACAGCUAGCAAUACUGGUAAAAGUGACAGACGUCCGCAAGUAUGGAUAUGCAGCUGUACUUGCUCCAUUGCUGCGUGAUGUUCAUACCCUGGAAAAUGACGGUGUCUUCAUCGAAAGCAUUGGUCAGAAUGUCAAAGGCACUGUCUUUUGUGUUUCUGCUGACAAUUUGGCUGCUCAUGGAUUAGGUGGCUUUGUAGAGUCAUUUAGAACAGGCCAUGUUUGCAGAUUCUGUAUGGGCUCAGUUGAACAGUUUCAAGUAACUGAAGUCAGAGAGAGAAAGUUUCCUCAGCGAACCAAAGCUAGCCAUGACCUACAUGUGCAAACUGUGCAAGAAAGUGACACUUUAAGCAGCCACUUUGGUGUUAAAGGUGGCUGUGCCUUGCGAGAAUCCCUGAAUUACUUCCAUACAAUCACAGGGUUUCCUCCUGAUAUACUCCACGAUCUUCUGGAAGGUAUCGUUCCCAUGGAGCUUUCUCUUUGUAUUAAAGAGAUGAUCCGGCGGAAGUACUUCACUUUGGAAUAUUUGAACAACAAGAUUAAAUCAUUCCCAUAUCAGCAUGCUGAUAAAGUGGAUAGACCUCAGCCACCUCCCAAAACGUUUCUUUCUCGAGGAACAAUUGGAGGCAAUGCACAUGAAAAUGCCACUCUCCUCCGACUUCUUCCAUUGCUUGUUGGCAGUGUAGUACCAGAAGGUGAUAAGGCAUGGGCAGUUUUGAUGGAGCUGAAAGAGGUGGUACAGUUAGCAUUGUGCCCAUCAUUUACAGAUGAAACCUUGGACUAUUUUGAGUGCAAAAUCAGUGAUCAUAGACAGGCACUGCUAGAGGUUUUCCCUGAGGUUAGGCUCCGUCCUAAACAUCAUUAUGUGGAGCACUAUCCUGCUCUUGUCAAGUGCUUUGGGCCCCUGCUGCACGUUUGGACCAUGCGGUUUGAGGCCAAGCACCGCUUUUUCAAAAGAGUGGUGCAUGACGCUCAAAAUUUUAAAAAUAUUUUGAAGACAAUGGCAAUCAGACACCAACACAUGAUGGCAUAUCAUCUUGCUGCACCAUCAUUUUUCAAGCCAAAAACUCAGGCAUCCAGGAUUGAGUCUGUUCUGGUUUCAACUCUACCAGAGGUUGCUCAAGUACACAUUAGAGAACAAACGACUAGUGACACUAUCUACAAGACAUCAAAUGUGACCAUUGAUGGAACAGACUAUGUCUGUGGAAUGUUUCUGUCUGUAGGAGACAGCGGUGGACUGUCAAAAUUUUGCAAAAUAGAACAGAUCCUCCUUGUAAAUCCUAAUGUAUCUUUUCUGUGUCUUGAGUAUGACUCCUGGUAUGUAGAACAUUUACUGUCCUAUGAGCUGUCAACUGCAAAUACAAGCCUGUCGAUCUACCUGCAUUCUUGUCUGAAUGAUACAGUCCCUCUCGCAGCAUACAAAGUAGACGGCUCGCUGCUGCUGACCCUCAAGCGCUUCAUUGAAGUGAGACAGAACUGAGUUCAGCACAAUGGCAGCUGCAUCCCCACAAAUGAUUCUUCGUGUUGUUGAGCAAGACCAGGCUAGAAAAUUGAAACUCAGCUCACGACCAGCC